AUGGACAUGAGAUUUCCAUACUCGCCGGCGGAGGUCGCCAAGGUGCGGACGGUCCAGUUCGGCAUCCUCAGCCCGGACGAGAUAGUAAUAUUCCUACCUUCCGUCCUUCGCCGGUCUCGGUUGUUCUUCUUUGUCUUGUCCGGGUCGUCUGACAUGAGGUUUGGGUCUCAUUCACUGGGUGGCAGAGGCAAAUGUCCGUGGCGCAGAUCGAGCACAGCGAGACCACGGAGAGGGGGAAACCGAAGGUCGGGGGGCUCAGUGAUCCGCGACUCGGAACCAUAGACCGGAAGAUGAAGUGCGAGACGUGUAUGGCCAACAUGGCAGAGUGUCCAGGUCACUUUGGGCACCUUGAGCUGGCCAAACCUAUGUUUCACAUUGGAUUCAUGAAGACUGUCCUGGCCAUCAUGCGCUGUGUCUGCUUUAACUGCUCCAAGAUACUAGCUGACGAGGUAUUUCCUCUUGGAUGCUUCGAGUGUGUUUGGUACACCGAGUGCAUCAGUGUUUUUGGCCGAUUUCCCGGACUAGCACGCGUGAAACAGUUUAAUGGUUGUCUUAACCUGAAGGAGCUCACACAUCAUCUAGUUACGUUUUGAAUUUUCUCUUAAGCCUUCUUGGUAGAACCCAGCUGGAUUUAGGUGACCAGUUGCCAAAGGCAGAGGAUUCAAAGUCCUAAAUAACGAUAUAUAUUCCUCGUGUCUACUAUGCACUCCUGUAUUUGAAGGGUUUUGGAACAAGCAGGAUUUCGUAUCCUUCUGGUGAGCUUCUGAUGUCUCUGGUGGGGUUCAUCACCUGAUUCAAUUUUUUUUUUUAUAAGUUGGAGCCUAAGUAAUAUCGUUAGGACUAGACAUUCGACUAGUCCUAUCGAUUUACCAUAGAUUGAACAACCUCGGUACGUUUAUGUAGGUUCACGAGUAUUUUUCUUGUGAUGGAAAUGAUAAGCCGACAAUUCUGCUUAUGUUUUCUGUCCACAAGAUAUCACUUUUAAUUAGAUAGGUUUUUUCUUUUUAAAUAUUUCUGGCAUCUUCUCUGGUGAGACGCGUUGUUGUUCCCAGAAAUCAAAUUUGAUGGUUUUUCUGUUGCCAUUUAUUUUCUUUGAUUCUACGGGAGUAUUGCUUGAGCUUUGAUGUCGUUUAUUUGUGUGUUUGUGCUAUGUUGCUAACUCAUAAAACCAAAGUUUCUGCCUAACUUCCAGUUUUUGGUAUCCUUAACUUGCAUCAAUUCAGGUCGAUGUGUUUCUUUAAUUGUAUGUAAAUUAAGGAUGUGUACCCCUGAGGUCAUGUCUCUCAGUACGCCAAACAAGUGCUCAUGAUCCAUGAUCUCCCAACUUGCUUGGUUUCUACUUCUGCCUCAUCUGCUCAGAUCUAGUCCUAUAUGUGUUGCAUUUUCCAAAUGUGUCUAGUCUCCUAAUUCUGUCACUUGUCAACUUCUACAGGAAGAUUCUAGGUUUAAACAAGCUUUGAAAAUUAGAAAUCCAAAAAAUAGGCUAAAAAGGAUUUAUGAUGCUUGUAAGAGCAAGAGGAAAUGUGCUGGUGGCGAUGAGAUUGAUGUGCAGAACCAGCAAGAUUCGGAGGAACCAUUAAAAAAGGCAAGAGGAGGCUGUGGUGCCCAACAGCCGAAUAUAACCAUUGAUGGUAUGAAAAUGGUUGCUGAGUACAAAGCUCCAAAGAAGAAAAAUGAAGAUCAAGAGCAACUUCCUGAACCUGUCGAAAGAAAACAAGUGCUUUCCGCUGAAAGGGUAAGUUUUGGACGAGCAUUCUAUGUUGCUCCCUUUUCAGUAUUGAUGGCUUAUGCUGUGUCUAGUUGUGCAGUUGCUGAGCUUAUUCAAUUUGAAAUUUUACUGUUUUUCGUUUCCAUUGUCUGUACGUUUAUACCAGGUUCUGAGUGUGUUGAAGAGGAUUAGUGACGAAGACUGUCUGCUAUUGGGAUUAAAUCCUAAAUAUGCCCGACCGGAUUGGAUGAUAUUGCAAGUCCUUCCAAUUCCUCCUCCUCCAGUGAGACCUUCUGUUAUGAUGGAUACAUCCUCAAGAAGUGAGGUGGGUGUUUACGAGCUGGAAAAAAUCAUGCAUUUAUCUCUUUAGAUGAAACUAUUUUUAUGUACGAGUUGAAAGCUUCGUCAAACGAUUCCCUACGCGCCCUUUAGUUUUUUUUUCUUUUUGGCUUGUUAUUAUCCUCAUCUUUUUGUUUUUUCCCAUCAUUUAUUCAACGAAUUGAAGUCUGAGUUUUUAACUAUUUUUUCUCUCUACGUAUUUAACAAAAUACAGCAUUUGAGUUGAUUGUAAAUGAUAGGAACAAUAUUUCUUUCUGACUUGAUCUUAUGACAUCAUUGAUCAGGAUGAUUUGACCCAUCAGCUUGCGAUGAUUAUUCGGCACAAUGAAAAUCUCAGGAGACAGGAGAGGAAUGGAGCACCUGCUCAUAUAAUUUCGGAAUUUGCACAGUUAUUGCAGUUUCAUAUUGCCACAUAUUUUGACAACGAGUUGCCUGGACAGCCAAGAGUAUGACAAUAGAACUCACAACUAAAAUGAAACUUUAGAUGGCAACUCUGAUGCAUCCUUCUCUUUUGGUAUGCAGGCUACGCAGCGGUCAGGUCGUCCGAUCAAGUCCAUAUGCAGCAGACUUAAGGCAAAGGAAGGCCGAAUCCGGGGUAACUUAAUGGGAAAACGUGUGGAUUUCUCAGCGCGUACAGUUAUUACACCCGACCCAACAAUUAAUAUUGAUGAACUGGGAGUUCCGUGGAGUAUUGCUCUUAACUUAACAAUCCCAGAAACUGUGACUCCUUACAACAUUGAGAGGUGCUAAUUUCAGAGUUUAAACCUUUGAACUUUGUUCUCUACAAAUUUUCAUAUUUAAGGGUAAAUGCUUUUGCUGGCUAGGUUGAAGGAGCUUGUGGAAUAUGGUCCUCACCCUCCCCCUGGUAAAACCGGGGCAAAGUAUAUCAUCAGGGAAGAUGGCCAGAGGCUUGAUCUCCGGUAUCUUAAAAAAAGUAGUGAUCAUCAUCUGGAGCUUGGAUACAAGGUAAGCAUUGUUGAAGAUUUUAUUCGGUGUUUAAUUUGUGAGGAUUUCUGUUAUCUGAAGUAGUACCAUCUUGUUGGCAGGUGGAGAGGCAUCUAAAUGAUGGAGAUUUUGUUCUUUUCAAUCGUCAACCUAGCCUUCAUAAAAUGUCUAUCAUGGGACACAGAAUCAGGAUCAUGCCAUACUCGACCUUCCGCUUGAAUUUGUCUGUUACAUCACCAUAUAAUGCAGAUUUUGAUGGAGAUGAGAUGAACAUGCACGUUCCUCAGUCUUUUGAAACCAGAGCAGAAGUAUUGGAGCUGAUGAUGGUACCCAAGUGCAUUGUUUCACCUCAAUCCAAUCGACCAGUUAUGGGCAUUGUUCAGGAUACACUGUUAGGUUGCCGGAAGAUCACCAAGAGAGAUACCUUCAUAGAAAAGGUGAAUGGAGUUUGUCUUUCUUCAAUUUUGUACAACGUCAUUUUUUCCUCGUUAUUGUCUUUUUCGUCAGAAAUGUCGUCCCAAGGUUUAUGCGAUUUGACCUUAUUGCAGGAUGUCUUUAUGAACAUCUUGAUGUGGUGGGAAGACUUUGAUGGGAAGAUACCGGCACCAGCUAUUUUGAAGCCUAGGCCUUUGUGGACAGGGAAACAGGUUUUUAAUCUUAUUAUUCCCAAGCAAAUUAAUCUUAUCAGAUAUGCCGCCUGGCAUGAUGAAAAAGAAAAAGGAUUUAUCACACCUGGGGAUACACAAGUGCGAAUAGAGAAGGGCGAGCUUCUUGCUGGCACUUUGUGCAAGAAAACCCUCGGAACAUCUGGAGGCAGCCUCAUUCAUGUUAUCUGGUAUUGAAUAGUUUCACACGAGUUUCACACCCAAUAUACUACCUCUCCAUUUUAUUGAAUUUGCAUACUUUUUGUGCAGGGAAGAGGUUGGUCCUGAUGCAGCCCGCAAAUUUUUGGGCCACACUCAGUGGCUUGUUAACUAUUGGCUUCUGCAAAAUGGCUUCAGCAUCGGCAUUGGGGAUACGAUUGCUGAUGCAGCAACCAUGGAGAAGAUAAACGAAACAAUAUCUAGGGCAAAGAAUGCUGUGAAGGACCUCAUUAAACAAUCUCAAGAAAAGCAGCUAGAAGCUGAACCUGGGAGAACCAUGAUGGAGUCAUUUGAGAACAAAGUGAACCAGGUGCACUAUGUUGUUCGACAUCUUUUGUUAUGUCAUCUGUCAGAUAUCGCCUUUCUGUGAUUCCUAACUGUUCUUCGUUUUGUCAGGUCUUGAAUAAGGCACGUGACGAAGCUGGAAGCAGUGCUCAGAAGAGCUUAUCUGAAAGUAAUAAUCUGAAAGCUAUGGUCACAGCUGGAUCAAAAGGGAGUUUCAUCAACAUUUCACAAAUGACUGCUUGUGUGGGGCAACAGAAUGUUGAAGGAAAACGGAUUCCUUUUGGAUUCAUUGGUCGGACGCUGCCCCAUUUCACAAAGGACGACUACGGACCUGAGAGUCGUGGAUUUGUGGAGAACUCAUAUCUACGAGGGCUAACUCCACAGGAAUUUUUCUUCCAUGCUAUGGGAGGCCGGGAAGGUUUGAUUGAUACAGCUGUUAAAACCUCAGAAACUGGUUACAUUCAGAGGCGUCUUGUGAAGGCAAUGGAGGACAUCAUGGUCAAGUAUGAUGGUACUGUUAGGAACUCUUUGGGAGAUGUCAUUCAGUUCCUUUAUGGAGAAGAUGGCAUGGAUUCCGUUUGGAUUGAGGGACAAAAGUUGGACACUUUGAAGAUGAAUAAAAAUGAUUUUGACACUCUAUUCAGAUAUGAGAUUGAUGAUGAAAAUUGGAAUCCGGGUUACAUGUUACCUGAGCAUGUUGAGGAUUUGAAGACGAUUCGAGAAUUCAGGAACGUAUUUGAUGCUGAAGUUCAGAAAUUAGAGGCCGAUCGUUACCAACUUGCCACAGAAAUUGCUACGACUGGUGAUGUUUCUUGGCCUCUUCCUGUGAAUCUCAAGAGGCUCAUCUGGAAUGCACAGAAGACAUUUAAAGUCGAUCUUAGGAGGCCAUCUGAUAUGCACCCCAUGGAAAUCGUGGAGGCAGUCGACAAACUUCAAGAGAGGUUAAAAGUAGUUCCCGGUGACGAUAUGAUGAGCAUAGAGGCUCAGAAAAAUGCAACAUUGUUCUUCAACAUCUUGCUUCGCAGCACAUUUGCCAGCAAACGUGUAUUGAAGGAGUACAGACUCACCCGUGAAGCUUUUGAAUGGGUUAUUGGAGAGAUAGAGUCCCGUUUUCUACAGUCAUUAGUUGCACCAGGUGAAAUGAUUGGCUGUGUGGCUGCCCAGUCCAUUGGUGAGCCUGCGACCCAGAUGACCUUGAAUACCUUCCACUAUGCUGGUGUCAGUGCAAAGAAUGUUACUCUCGGUGUUCCCAGGCUGAGGGAGAUCAUUAAUGUCGCUAAGAAAAUCAAAACGCCUUCACUGUCUGUCUACCUGAAACCCGAUGUCAGUCAGACCAAGGAGCAGGCUAAAAAUGUGCAAUGUGCUUUGGAGUACACCACUCUUCGGAGUGUAACUCAGGCCACCGAGGUGUGGUAUGAUCCCGACCCAAUGAGUACCAUUAUUGAGGAGGAUGUGGAAUUUGUCAGAUCAUACUAUGAAAUGCCUGAUGAAGAGGUUGCCCCGGAGAAGAUAUCUCCUUGGCUACUCAGGAUUGAAUUGAAUCGAGAAAUGAUGGUCGAUAAGAAAUUGAGCAUGGCAGACAUCGCAGAGAAGAUCAACCUGGAAUUCGACGACGACCUGACUUGCAUAUUUAAUGAUGAUAAUGCGGAUAAAUUGAUUCUUCGAAUCCGGAUCAUGAACGAUGAUGCCCCCAAGGGGGAGCUCCAAGAUGAGUCUGCCGAAGAUGAUGUCUUCCUCAAGAAAAUCGAAAGCAAUAUGUUGACAGAGAUGGCUCUUCGAGGCAUUCCUGACAUCAAUAAAGUGUUCAUCAAGCCUGUCAAAGUAAACAAGUUUGAAGAAAAUGAAGGAUUUAAGACUGUUAAUGAAUGGGCUCUUGACACAGAGGGUGUUAAUCUCUUGGCAGUUAUGUGCCACGAAGAUGUUGAUGCCACGAGGACCACAAGCAAUCACUUGAUCGAAGUCAUAGAGGUUCUUGGAAUAGAGGCUGUCAGGCGUUCUCUUCUUGAUGAGAUGCGCGCCGUCAUAUCCUUUGAUGGAUCUUAUGUGAACUACCGCCACCUGGCUAUUCUCUGUGACACAAUGACCUACAGGGGACAUCUGAUGGCCAUUACCAGGCAUGGCAUCAAUCGCAAUGACACUGGCCCACUGAUGAGGUGUUCUUUCGAGGAAACUGUAGAUAUCCUCCUGGAUGCUGCCGUCUAUGCGGAGACAGACAACCUGAGAGGCGUCACUGAGAACAUCAUGCUAGGCCAGCUUGCUCCGAUUGGCACAGGGGGCUGUUCCUUGUACUUGAACGACCAGAUGUUACAGCAGGCGAUCGAACUACAGCUUCCAAGCUACAUGGAGGGCUUGGACUAUGGCAUGACGCCGUCCCGUUCGCCGAUCAUGGGGACUCCAUAUCACGAGGGGAUGAUGUCGCCGAGCUAUCUGCUCAGUCCAAACAUCCGGGCUUCACCCAUUUCAGAUGCCCAGUUCUCACCUUAUGUCAGUGGAAUGGCCUUCUCUCCUAGCUCAUCACCAGGCUACAGCCCUUCAUCCCCAGGCUACAGCCCAUCAUCACCUGGCUACAGCCCCACUUCACCUGGCUACAGCCCCACUUCACCUGGUUAUAGCCCCACUUCGCCUGGGUACAGCCCAACUUCUCCUACAUACAGCCCAAGCUCUCCUGGGUACAGCCCUACGAGCCCUGCCUAUUCACCCACCAGCCCCUCAUACUCCCCCACUUCACCCAGCUACUCCCCCACUUCUCCCAGCUACAGCCCCACGUCUCCCAGCUACAGCCCCACUUCACCCAGCUACAGCCCCACUUCUCCCAGCUACAGCCCCACUUCCCCAGUCUACAGCCCAACCUCUCCGGUCUACAGCCCCACCUCUCCUGCUUACAGCCCCACUUCACCGUCAUACAGCCCCACUUCGCCUUCAUACAGCCCGACGUCGCCGUCUUACAGCCCAACUUCACCUUCAUACAGCCCGACGUCUCCGUCGUAUAGCCCGACAUCACCUGCUUAUAGUCCCACCUCGCCAGGUUACAGCCCAACCUCACCGAGCUACAGCCCCACCUCCCCCAGCUACAGCCCCACAUCUCCAAGCUACAAUCCUUCUUCGGCAAAAUAUAGCCCCUCACUGGCCUACUCACCGAGCAGUCCGAGACUAUCGCCGUCAAGUCCUUACAGUCCUACGUCGCCAAACUACAGGUAAAGUGGGAGACUGCAUGAUAUUUUGAUUAUUGUGUAGCAAGUUUUGCUGGUUAAUGAAAUAAAUACCGGCGGAGAAUGGGUUUGAUUAAAUGUGCUUCUUAUGAUUCUAUGACAGCCCAACUUCGCCGUCACAUUCCCCAACGUCUCCAUCAUAUUCUCCUCCGAGUCCGACAUACAGUCCCACAAGGUAAAAGUCAACCCCCCGCCCACCCCAAUCACAGACACCUGCUAUAUACUUGUCAUGUAUAAUCGCAUCAGUCGUCUUUAGAAAAUUAUGAAUCUGUGGACAUCAGAUUGAGAUCGGAUUGCGGAGGGGGUAACUGCUUGCUCCAUUGUCUGCGGCAAACACACAGGACGCAAGAUUCUUGUGUUCCUUGCUUGCUUGCUUGCUUGUGUUUUUUCCUUUAUGUUCUUCGUUAAUAAAUUUUCCGAUGGCUCACCUUGCGAGCUUCUUGAGGAGUAUUUUGUCAGAUUCAGUGGGUAUUUUGUGGUUAUUUCUACGACGCGAGAUGGGCUGAUUUCCCUUGUAAAACAAACUGUGCUUUUUGAUUUUGCAGCCCGUACAACUCCGGCGCCAGCCCAGACUACAGUCCCAGUUCUCUGCAGUAUAGGUACCUCUCUCUCUCUCUCUCUCUCUCUCUCUGAAAUUGGCCGCAUUCAUAAUGUUCAUGUUCACUCUCUCUCUCUCUCUCUCUCUCUCUCUCUCUCUCUAAAAUUGGACUCGUUUACAAUGCUCAUGCUCAGCCCGAGUGGGGGGUACUCGCCGACAGCCCCGGGAUACUCGCCGUCUUCCACCAGCCAGUUCAGCCCACAAGCCAGCAACAAGGAUGAGGGAAGCGUGCGACGGUGA